AUGUCAACAGCUGUCAAUGGUUUUAAGAAAUGUGGGAUUUGGCCAUAUGAUCCAACAGUAUUCUCUGAGACCGACUUUGCUCCAUCUUUGAUGACAGAUAUUCAGCUUAAUGUAUCCGACGCACCUGCAAGCGAUAAUAGUUCGUUGAUAAUGGAAUCGUCAUCCACAGAACCAGCAACAAAUAAUCAGAAUGCGCCAAUUAUAUCUGAAGCCAUUUCUGUUGCGGCAACUUUGACGGAUGCAGCAGUGACGCCAGUAACAGUGGAAACAGAAACAUUGUCGAGACUUGAUACUGCCGCUAGUAUUUCUGCGAGUACGUCACUAUCAACUAAUCUGGUUACUGCACUUACUGUGCUACCUAAUACAAUGUCAACCCCUGAACCAGGAUGUUCUUACUGGCUCGAUAACUCCGAUCUACACGAAAGACCACGAACUCCGCAGCAAUCAAUAUUUGGUGUUGUAAGUCCGCAGCAAAUAAUGCCCUUUCCAGCAACUACAAAAACAUCUCGCUCAACUAGAAAACGAGGAAAAACCGCGGUGAUCACAUCUUCGCCGUAUAAGAAUGAGUUAGAAGAAACGAUUAAGAAAAAGGAACAAGCGGAAGAGGAUAAACAGAGAAAAAAAGAGUUGAGGGAACUUAAAAAAUCUGAAAAAGACCCGGCAACUAAGAAGAAAAGAGUAACAAAGAAGAAACAAGGGGCUAAGAAUAGAUCAUUAAACGAGAAUAGUGACAGCGAUAUUGAAAAUACACCUUGUUUGUAUUGUAAAGGCCUAUAUUUGGACUCAAAUGAAGGCUGGGCUGCUUGUUCAGCAUGCGGCAAAUGGGCUCACUGCAGCUGUGCAGGUGUGGACGACGAAGAUGCAGAUACCGUGUUCACUUGUGAACAGUCCUAA